AAUAAUAAUAAUAAUAAUAAGAGUAAUUAACGACAGAGGCUACGUGUCAAUUGAUCAGCCGUAACAGUAUUAAAAUCUCAUCGAAAGAAGAGGGCAAAACCUUUUUGGAAACCCACAUGCUUUAGUGAUGAAAAGGACAAUCUCGUCAAUUUUCCGCUUAAAAAAUGUUACGCUGCUAAUUGAUGACAUAAAGGACAAUCGCGUCAUUUCACAUAUCUUCAAAAUUCCCGGGACUGGCUCUAACAAACUCGCCUCUAUAAUAACACACCACGCACACUCUCUCUCUUCGAUUUCGAGCUCUGGACACAGAGAGAGAGAGAGAGAGAGAUACAGAGGCUACACAUAUGGCGGCCUCGAACGGGAGCGAGUACUUCGAGAUUGAAAUAGACAGCCGGAGAGAGUCGUUUGCACGGCCGUCGAAUGCGGAGUCGUUGGAGGAGGACGAAGAUGAGUUGAUGUGGGAGGCGAUCACGAGAUUGCCGUCGCAGCAACGAGGAAACUUCGCCUUGUUGAAACGGGCGCCGUCGGAGUACAGCGAAGGAGACGCUAGAACUGAGACUAUUGACGUGAGAAAAUUGAGUCGAAGACACCGUGAACUCGUCGUUGAAAAAGCCUUUGCUACUAAUGAUCAAGAUAAUUAUAAUCUUCUCUCCGCAAUCAAAAAACGUCUCGAUAGGGUUGGAUUGGAAGUGCCAAAGGUGGAGGUAAGGUUCCAGAACUUGAAAGUUGUGGCUAAUGUUCAAACGGGAUCAAGGGCCUUACCUACUUUGAUUAAUGUUACUCGUGACGUAAUCGAGAAAUUCCUAACUGGUUUGAGAAUAUUUAGACCCCAGAGAUAUGCUUUGAACAUCUUGAACGACAUUAGUGGUGUUGUGAAACCCGGAAGGAUGACCUUGCUCUUAGGUCCUCCUGGUUCUGGGAAGUCCACCUUGCUAUUAGCUCUAUCGGGGAAGCUUGACAGCAACUUGAAGAAAAGUGGUGAUAUUACAUACAAUGGCAAGAAGCUUAAUGAAUUUUGUGUUCAAAGGACUUCGGCAUACAUCAGCCAAACGGAUAAUCACAUUGCUGAGCUCACUGUACGAGAGACCUUUGAUUUUGCUGCCAGGUGCCAAGGUGCAAGUGAAGGCUUCGCAGGAUACAUGAAGGAUCUGACCCGUUUAGAGAAGGAAAGGAACAUACGUCCAAGUUCAGCGGUUGAUGCUUUUAUGAAGGCAUCCUCUGUAGGUGGUAAAAAGCACAGUGUUUCAACAGAUUAUGUUAUAAAAGUGCUUGGUCUUGAUGUAUGUUCAGACACAAUAGUUGGUAACGAAAUGCUUAGAGGUGUCUCUGGUGGUCAAAGAAAAAGAGUUACCACAGGAGAAAUGGUUGUCGGACCAAGAAAAACCCUGUUCAUGGAUGAAAUAUCCACCGGACUUGAUAGCUCCACCACAUACCAAAUUGUGAAAUGUGUUCGGAACUUUGUUCAUCAAAUGGAUGCUACUGUACUGAUGGCUCUUCUUCAGCCAGCACCUGAGACAUUUGAGCUGUUUGAUGAUCUGAUACUAUUAUCAGAAGGCUAUCUAGUUUAUCAAGGCCCUCGAGCAGAGGUUUUAGAGUUCUUUGAGUCAUUAGGUUUUCAAUUGCCCGCACGUAAAGGGGUAGCAGAUUUUCUUCAAGAGGUGACUUCCAGAAAAGAUCAAGCUCAAUACUGGGCUGAUCCAUCAAAACCUUAUGUAUUCCUUUCCGUUUCAGAAAUUGCAAAAGAAUUUGAAAAUUCUCGAUUUGGAAGGUCUCUGCAGUCCACACUAAAUGUUCCAUAUGAUAAAUCUAUAAAUCAUCCGGCAGCUUUGUCCAAAACAAAAUAUGCUGUAUCAAAAUGGGAGCUUUUUAAAACAUGCAUUGCAAGAGAAUUACUACUCAUCAGCAGGCAUCGUUUUCUUUAUAUUUUUAGGACAUGCCAGGUUGGAUUUGUCGGAUUUGUCACAUGCACCAUGUUCUUACGAACAAGACUGCAUCCGAUCGACGAGAAAAAUGGCAACCUUUAUCUCUCUUGCCUUUUUUUCGGGCUGGUACAUAUGAUGUUUAAUGGAUUUUCUGAGCUACCUAUCAUGAUAUCUCGGUUACCAGUUUUUUACAAGCAACGGGAUAAUUUCUUUCAUCCUGCAUGGGCAUGGUCUUACGCCAGUUGGAUUCUUCGAGUGCCUUACUCCAUCAUUGAGGCUAUCGUAUGGUCUUGUGUCGUUUACUACACAGUUGGUCUUGCCCCCGAGGCUGGAAGCUUUUUCCGUUUCAUGUUCUUGCUCUUUUCUAUACAUCAAAUGGCAUUGGGUCUUUUCCGGAUGAUGGCAGCUAUUGCCCGAGAUAUGGUCAUUGCCAACACAUUUGGAUCAUCUGCUAUAUUAUGUAUAUUCUUGUUGGGUGGAUUUAUUAUGCCAAAGGAAAUGAUUAAGCCAUGGUGGGUCUGGGCAUAUUGGGUGUCACCACUAUCCUAUGGGCAGAAUGCAAUUUCUGUUAAUGAAUUUACUGCCCCAAGAUGGCAAAAGAAGUCUGCUAUUGGAGACAACACGAUAGGCUACAAUGUUCUCCAUUUGAGUAAUCUCCCCGUUGAUGGUCAUUGGUACUGGAUUGGAGUUGGUGCUUUGUUACUUUAUGCAUUGCUUUUCAACAAUGUUGUGACGUUGGCUCUGGCCUACCUUAAUCCUAUUACAAAAGCCCGGACAGUGAUUCCAUUAGAUGCCACAGAAGAAAAGUGUAAAACAGAGGUGGCCCGUAAGGAUUCCGAAUUAAGUAAACCAUCUGCUGUAGAGGGUGAUAGAAAAAAGGGAAUGAUUCUGCCAUUUCAACCAUUAACAAUGACUUUCCAUAAUGUCAAUUACUACGUUGAUAUGCCCAAGGCAAUGAGGUUGCAAGGUGUAACAGAAAAGAAACUGCAACUGUUAUCAGACGUGAGUGGAGUAUUCUCACCAGGUGUUCUUACUGCAUUAGUUGGCUCAAGUGGAGCAGGGAAGACCACUUUGAUGGAUGUUCUGGCCGGUAGGAAAACUGGUGGUUACAUUGAAGGGAAUGUUAAAAUUUCAGGUUAUCCAAAAGAGCAACAAACAUUUGCCAGAAUUUCAGGAUAUGUUGAACAAAGUGACAUACAUUCUCCUCAGGUGACGGUUGAGGAGUCUCUCUGGUUCUCUUCUAGUCUUCGUCUGCCUAAGGAAGUUACCAAAGAGCAAAGAAAUGAAUUUGUUGAGGAAGUAAUGAGAUUAGUAGAACUUGAUAUUUUAAGGCAUGCUUUGGUUGGUUUGCCGGGAAGUUCUGGUUUAUCGACUGAGCAGAGAAAACGCUUAACAAUAGCAGUGGAACUUGUUGCAAAUCCUUCUAUUAUUUUUAUGGAUGAGCCUACGUCUGGACUUGAUGCACGAGCAGCCGCAAUUGUGAUGCGAACUGUUCGUAAUACUGUUGAUACUGGACGAACCGUGGUUUGCACCAUACAUCAACCUAGUAUUGACAUAUUUGAAGCAUUUGAUGAGCUGCUUCUCAUGAAACGAGGGGGCCGGGUUAUAUAUGGAGGGAAGCUUGGGGUCCACUCGAAGAUAAUGAUUGAUUAUUUUCAGGGGAUUAAUGGAGUUGCUCCAAUUCCAAGUGGUUACAAUCCAGCAACUUGGAUGCUUGAAGUUACUGCAUCUGCUGUUGAAGAGAGAAUCGGUGUGGACUUCGCAGAUCUAUACAAAGAUUCCGAGCAAUAUAGGGAGGUGGAAUCUUCCAUUAAGAAUUUGAGUGUUCCACCUGCUGGCUCCGAACCGUUAAAGUUUGCUUCCACAUAUUCACAAGAUCAGUUUUCCCAAUUUUGGUUUUGUCUGUGGAAGCAAAAUCUUGUAUAUUGGAGAAGUCCCCAAUAUAAUGCCGUGAGGUUAGCCUUUACUACGGUGGCUGCAUUCAUUUUUGGCUCUGUGUUUUGGGAUGCUGGUUCACAGAGGGACUCAACUCAAAGUUUAAGACUGGUUAUGGGAGCUCUGUAUUCUGCAUGCUUGUUUCUCGGGGUCAAUAAUGCUUCCUCAGUACAGCCUAUCGUUUCAAUUGAGAGGACAGUAUUCUAUAGGGAGAGAGCUGCAGGAAUGUACUCCCCCUUUUCAUAUGCAGGAGCCCAGGGUCUUGUGGAGAUACCAUACAUAGCUGCGCAAGCAAUUUUAUAUGGCAUAAUCACUUACUUCAUGGUUAAUUUUGAAAGGACAGCAAUAAAAUUUUUCUACUACCUUUUGUUCAUGUUUCUCACCUUCACGUACUUUACCUUCUACGGCAUGAUGGCUGUCGGUCUCACUCCCAAUCAACACUUGGCAGCAGUCAUUUCUUCUGCAUUUUACUCAAUAUGGAAUCUCCUUUCAGGUUUCCUUGUACCUAAACCGGAUAUUCCUGUAUGGUGGAUUUGGUUCUACUAUAUAUGUCCUGUUGCAUGGACUCUAAGGGGGAUCAUCACUUCUCAGCUUGGAGAUGUAGAAACCAUGAUUAUGCAACCUGACUUUCGCGGCACAGUUAAACAAUAUCUGGAAGUUAGUCUAGGCUAUGGCCCUGGGAUGAUUGGAAUUUCAGCACUAGUGCUUGUUGGUUUCUGUAGUUUAUUCUUUGGCAUCUUUGCCUUCUCAAUCAAAUUCCUUAAUUUCCAAAGAAGAUGAUACCCAAAUCACAGAUUUCAAUUCAUAGAGGAUGAAAAUUAAAAUCAUUGGCUUGAACAUUCAUUUGAAGGCAUCAAAGUUCAGCCAUAACAAAAUUUUUUUAUGCCUCCUCCAGGACUAUUAUUAUUCACAGUCUGAUUACACUUUCUAUUUCCCUAGAUAAAAAUUCUAAGUGUGAUAUUGAUUUGCCCCGAUCAAAUUACAAGAAUGUAGAACAAUUUUGUCUCUAAUAGUUUUUUUAGGUAUGUUAAGAUGUAGAGAUUGUUAGAAGAAACUUAUAUUAUUUGAACUACAAGAGAUGUUAAUUUACAUCUCCUUUG